AUGGGAGACGAGGAAGUUUCGGCUCUUGUUGUGGACAACGGCUCCGGCAUGUGCAAAGCCGGUUUCGCCGGAGACGAUGCCCCCCGUGCUGUCUUCCCCUCCAUCGUUGGUCGUCCGCGUCAUCAGGGUGUCGUGGAUGGUAUGGGACAGAAGGACAGCUAUGUGGGCGACGAGGCCCAGUCAAAGCGUGAUAUUCUCACCCUGUCGUACCCGAUUGAGCGCGGCAUCAUCACGAACUGGGACGACAUGGAGAAGAUCUGGCACCACACAUUCUACAACGAGCUUCGUGUUUCUCCGGAACAGCAUCCAGUCCUCCUAACUGAGGCUCCACUGAACCCCAAGGCCAACCGCGAGAAGAUGACCCAGAUCAUGUUCGAGACCUUCAACACCCCGGCGGUUUACGUUGCCGUCCAGACAGAUAUGUCACUCUACGCCUCUGGUCGUACCACCGGUAUCGUCCUCGACUCCGGGGAUGGUGUCACUUACAUCGUCCCCAUCUCCGAGGGUUACUCUCUGCCUGACGCCAUUCAGCGUCUCGACCUGGCCGGUCGUGAUCUCACUGACUACCUAAUGAAGAUCCUCACUGAGCGUGGCUACACCUUCACCGAAACCGCAGAUCGUGAAAUUGUGCGUGAUAUCAAGGAGAAACUCUGCUACGUUGCCCUUGAC